AAAGAGAAAUCCCAAGCCAGCUGGGUUUUUGCUGGGGCUGAUCCAGGCUACUUCCCCUCCUGCCCCAGCUUAGAUGGUGAAAGGAACAAGGCAUGAGAAUUGGCCAGGGUUUCUUACUUGCCCUCUGGGUUCUCUCACCCAGAGUUCAGAGAUGGCUGGCACCUUCCUCCACCUCCCUCAUUGACCAGCUGCCCUGGGCCCACAGUGAGCCUAUCCUAUUCCCUACCCUGCUCUGAGGCUGUCCAGGCACCUGAUUUGCUUUCCCUUAACUCCUGAUCUCCUAACUGGAAAGCCAGGUUAGAGCCAUGCUCGCUUCCUGCCCCCUGCAACUGGGUCCCUCCCAGGAAUCCUGUUGUUCAGUUUGCUGGGGUAGUCCCCAGCACUGGGCUGGGCUUGGGAGGAAGGGUACAGAUGAGCCAUUCCAGAGAUUAAACCUCUGUGAAGCUCUAGCAAGGCAAGGCACUUUGUAGGGAUGGCUGAGUAAAUGUUUGUUGAAUGAAGUGUGAACUGGGAGAAAAGAGGUAAGUUGCCACCAGCAGGGACAUAGAGCAAGCUCACAGCUCAGCAACUCACCCAAGACAGUCCUUGCUUUGCUGGGGCUGGGCCUGGAUUGCUUCUGGAGUUACAAAGGUGGAUCUCCAUUCUAUUCUUUGUCUUCUGUGGCUACUGCCCAUGGGACAGACCCGAAGAAGAUAUGCAAUUGUAUAUUUCACGUAAUUGUUCAACUGCAUUGAAUAAGCAAGUUGCCCUCAUGCCCCUUCUCCGUGGAGGAUUCACAGAUCAGAGGGCUGCGUAUGUCCUGUCCCCUACCUGCAGAUGGCUGAAACUUUAUUCCCAGCAAUCUAAGUCUUUUUUACAGUCCUCAGAUAUACCCAGCAUAAGGCCUCCCUUGCGAGAGUGGGCCUGUGUUUAACAACACUGAAUUCAGAUGACUCUCUCUUAUUGUAUUUGUUCCAUUUUUAGUGGAAAUAGAGUUUGACUGCUAAGCCCUACUCCUUCCUAAAUAUAAAGACUAUUGGUGGGGAAAAAGUCUCUGUCCCCAGCUUUCAAAAGUUUGACACUAAAGUCAGACCUUUCGGGUUCGUUCUGGCGCUGACAGUCUGGUCCACCGGUUCCCAGCUGCUGCUGUCUGUCAUGUUGCCCACUCUUAGGGUGGGCCAGCCUCUGCCCAGCCAGGCUGGAAAACCCUGGGUGCAGGCCACGAAGACAUUUCAGGACUAUUGCUGUUCUGACCUCUCCAGCUCCCGAGAAUCUCAGAACCACUGAGAAUGCCUGGCUGCCCUUGCAGUCUGCAAAAGUGGAGGGAGCUUUCUCCAUAGGUGGGCAAGCAAGAUACAAGGAGGGCUGGCCCGGCAACCUAGGUCUGUGGCCUCUGAAGGCCAUUGGAGGCAGAGGCCUUGGCCUGUGAUUCCAGAGAGCUUGGUGAACCAGAGGCUGGAGCUCAGGCUCAAGCAGGCCAAGAAGGAGUUAACCUCCAAGGAGAAUGCGGGUUUCUCCCAGACUGGAGGCCUGUGCCCAGUUUUGCUGCUGCCAACUCCAGGAAGAAGUCCUGGGAUCUGUAGUUUGUGCCACUACCCACCCCUGGCCUGCCUGUUUAUCAACACGGUCUUGUAGACUACAGUUCCCAGAAACCUGCAGAGGCUAGGCUUUGGGGGAAGGGGUGGGAUAGGAGGCUCCGUGGCGGCCAGAGGGAGAGGGAGAGGGAGGAGGUGGGGAGAGAAAACCCAAUUCACCCCCUUCCUUUUUAAUUCUUUCUCCUGGUGUGUCUGCUCCACCACCCGAGCUAAUCCCCCAAAUCCGGUCUCCUAAGCCGCAGCUGCUUCCCUUCGCAGUGAUGAAUGGCUCAGGGAGGGAAGAUCUCUGGUGAGUGUUCUCCCAGCCUGGUGUAGGGCAUGCCCCAGUUCACUUUCGCCUGCUUCUGUGGUCUCCAUGGCUUCUGCAAAAUGAAGAGGAAGAAGGAGGAAGUUCACAGAGAGCGGGAGACGGCGGUGUGAGCAGAACCAGGGCCCCUCCAUCAAGCCCCCAGCAGGUCCCCGGCCUGAUGGUGCCCGCUUCUGGCUGGGGCUUGGAGCAGGAAGCCAUGAUUCUACCAUCAGAAAAGAGGCCAAACUUCUAUCACCAUGGUGGAUGUGAAGUGUCUGAGUGACUGUAAAUUGCAGAACCAACUUGAGAAGCUUGGAUUUUCACCUGGCCCAAUACUACCUUCCACCAGAAAGUUGUAUGAAAAAAAGUUAGUACAAUUGUUGGUCUCACCUCCCUGUGCACCACCUGUGAUGAAUGGACCCAGAGAGCUGGACGGAGCUCAGGACAGUGAUGACAGCGAAGAGCUUAAUAUCAUUUUGCAAGGAAAUAUCAUACUCUCAACAGAAAAAAGCAAGAAACUCAAAAAAAACCCAGUUUUUGAAAUUCAAGAGCGGCAAGAGGAAAUAGUGGAAAUAAACCCUGAAUAUAAUGAUUCCAAGAUGAUAAUAAAGGUUGUCAGCCCCUCCAGCUUCCAGUCCAGGAUAUAUAAGUUUGGACAGAAUGCCAUCCCCAAGCUUCAGGGACAUCCCUGCCUUCUGACUUCUCCAAGUCCAGCGUGGCCUGAGGCUUCCACCACUAAACCCAAAGCUGUAGAUACCUAUUGCUUGGAUUAUAAGCCUUCCAAGGGAAGAAGGUGGGCUGCAAAAGCACCAAGCACCAGAAUCACAUAUGGGACUAUCACCAAAAAGAGAGGCUACUGCGCAGAAGACCAGACUAUUGAGAGCUGGAAAGAAGAAGGUUUCCCAGUGGGCUUGAAGCUUGCUGUGCUUGGUGUGAGUCCCCAACCAGCAGUAUCAGCAUCUCAGGCUCCGUCCCAACUACUGAGCCAGAAUCUGCAUUUCAACAGGAUCCCAGGUGAUUCCUACCCAAAUUAAAGUUUGGGAAGCAUUGUGGUGGCGCAUCCCUAUCAGAUGCUGUGAUAUAGUGAUAUAAUAAAAAAUUUAUAUUUUGUCUCUGCCCUGGUUCCUGGCACACAGUUCCUAAAACCUUGGAAUCUCCUGGGUGGUAAGAGUGUCUUUUGUAUGCUAUUUGAGAUGACUGGUGACUGGGGGCCACUAGAUAGCUUCAGAAUGGGGACAGGUCACCAGAAAGACCAAGGCAGGAUUCUAGAGUUAGAACUUUCAGUCCCAUCCCCCCAGCCUCCAGGAAAGGGAGAUGAACUGAAGGUUAAGUUGGUCAUGAAUGGCCAAUGAUUUGAUCACUCAUGCCUCCAUAAUGAAGCCUCCAUAAAAACCCAAAAGGACUGGGUUCAGAAGCUGGUUCUGGGUAGCUGAACCUAUGGAGAUGCCUGGGGGGUGGAGUGCUGGAGAGAGCACAGAGCUCCGCGCCCCUUCCCGUGUGCUUCACCCUGUGUGUCUCUUCCAUCUGACUGCUCAUCUGUACCCUUUAUUAUUAAACCAAUACAUGUAAGGAAAGUGUUUCCCUUAGUUUUGUGAACCACCCUAGCAAAUUAAUCUAACCCAAGGAGAGAGUCCUAGGAACCUUGAUUUAUAGCCGGUUGGUCAGAAGCACAGGUCACAAUGUAGGAUUCAUAACUGGCAUUGGAGGUAGAGGGCAGUCUUCUGAGACUGAGCCCUGAACCUGUGGGAUCUGAUGCUGUGCCCAGGCAGACAGCGUUGGAAUUGAAUUGAAUUAAAUUAUAAGGCAUCCAGUUGGUGUCUGAUGGAUAAUUUGGUGUCAGAAUUGCUUGGUAUGUGGGGAAAAAACCCAUACAUCUGGUGUCAGAAGUGUUGUGGUGGGUGGGAGUAGGAAAAAACACUUUGGUUGGCCGGGCAUGGUA